AAACGCGCCAUAGGGCAGAGAAGGACCCCUCCCGUUAUUUUGAGGACCGGGCUGGUGCGACUAUACUACUGCCGGAUGGCAAAUCCGGGAUCUCGGCUCCGAGAGGCUCAUCUGGCAAAAGGGCGCGGAAACCACGGGGGCCCUGAGACUGAGUGGUCCCUAUCCCACUUCUCUCUGGGGCGGCGCUGUAGCCACCGACUGACAGGCGCAGCGAAAGGCAGCCCUCUGCUGUAAGGAGGAAAACUGAGGCCUGGGAGCAGGAACCUGUAGGCAGCGCUUGAGGGUAGCGGGAUAGCAGCUGCAAGCGCGCGUGGGAGGCGGGGGCUCUGGGCGGAACAAAAAUCACAGGAUGUCAGAGGAUGUUUCCCGGGAAGAACUGGGAUAAAGGGGUCCCAGCACCAUGGAGGACCCGAACCCUGAAGAGAACAUGAAGCAGCAGGAUUCACCCAAGGAGAGAAGUCCCCAGAGCCCAGGAGGCAACAUCUGCCACCUGGGGGCCCCGAAGUGCACCCGCUGCCUCAUCACCUUCGCAGAUUCCAAGUUCCAGGAGCGUCACAUGAAGCGGGAGCACCCAGCGGACUUCGUGGCCCAGAAGCUGCAGGGAGUCCUCUUCAUCUGCUUCACCUGCGCCCGCUCCUUCCCCUCCUCCAAAGCCCUAAUCACCCACCAGCGCAGCCACGGUCCAGCCGCCAAGCCCACCCCGCCGGUUGCAACCACUACUGCCCAGCCCACCUUCCCUUGUCCUGACUGUGGCAAGACCUUUGGGCAGGCUGUUUCUCUGAGGCGGCACCGCCAGAUGCAUGAGGUCCGUGCCCCUCCUGGCACCUUCGCCUGCACAGAGUGCGGUCAGGACUUUGCUCAGGAAGCAGGGCUGCAUCAACACUACAUUCGGCAUGCCCGGGGGGAGCUCUGAGUGCAGCUUAAGCCUCUCCACGGUGACGGGUGGCUCUGUGGCUGGUAGGACUCACCCAUGAUAUGGGGUGCAGGAACUCUGGGGGCCCUUAAGGAUUUGCUUCCCUCCCCUGGGAAGGCAGAGGGCUCUUAAUAAAGAGGACCCAGAAGAUUCUUAUUUAGAGCUUCAGUCUUUGGAGGACACAGGGCCUUCGUGAGACAGUGAAAUCAGACAAUAAUGAGAUCUUUUGUUUAAAAAAAAAAUGGGAAGGGAGUGCGGGAGAGAAAUGGUUUGUGUCUCCCUUAUUCCCAGUUAAAUACCUAGCUGCAGAUUGUGCCAUCACCCUUCAUUCUUCCCAGAUGGAUGCCAUGGGCUAUGGGAGCAAAUUGCCCUGGACCUUUGCCUGAAUGGGGGCAGGGAAGGUGAGGUGUUGCUGGCCUGUAAUGCCACCAGAUGAGUUCCAGAUGUAGAGCAACUUGGGCUUUUGGGGAUGGGGCAGCAAAGUUGGGAGCUGGACCCCAAUUGAGUGGGGGUGGCAAUUGGAGUCCUUGUGUCUCUUUCCCACCCCUUGCCAUCCUCACUUAGAGGGGCCAUGGCACUAGAUGGCACUAGUCCCCCGAUAAUUUAUGUCUCGUUUAAAUAAUUUUGUAUAUCAUUCUAGUCAUGAAAUAUUUUUUUCAUAUGUGUAGGUGAAAUGGUAUGAAUAAGCUAACAGGAAUAGUAUCUAAAAACAGAAAACAUCCAUAUUAAAAUGUCUAAACAGGGAGCUCUGGCUUUUGAGUGGGAAUUUCCAGAGAACAUAAGGGUGUGGGCAGGUGGGGGAACUCAGGCCAGAGUUGGCCUCGCUUUGUGGGGAAACUGGUUUGGAAUCAAACAGAGAUACCUUCUGUUUCGGGUUUUAUUUGGCCAACACUGGGAGAUUUCCCAUUAAGAUCCUAUUUUCAGCUCUCUUGAAAGGCCCAACCUAGGCUGACAUUGUCAGCAGGGGCAGGACAGAAGCUACAACAGGCUGGAGGGAGCACUGGGUGUCACCCUCAACUGGAGAUGAGUCCCACCAGGCCAGUUUUACCCCCUUAGUUACCUGCCCUGCACCUGCAGACAAUGGUCGAUGCCUUGCAUAUAAUACUUAUAGACUCUUUAUGUUGAGGGAUGUUUUUAAAGCCCACAGGUGAUGUGGAUGUGGUAGACUGAUCACUGUCUCUGUUUUUAGCUAGGCACACAGUAGCUGAAAAGACUGCAUUUCCCAGAUUCCUUUGCAGCUAGAUGUGGCCUUGUGACUGAUUUCUGGCUAAAUUCCUGGGUAGAAUAGUCAAGCUUAAGAAAGGGACGGCUGGGCACAGUGGCUCACGCCUGUAAUCCCAGCACUUUGUGAGGCUGAGGCCGGUGGAUCACCUGAGGUCAGGAGUUUGAGACCAGCCUGGCCAACAUGGUGAAACCCUGUCUCUACCAAAAAUACAAAAAUUAGCCGGGUGUGGUGGCAUACACCUGUAAUCCCAGCUACUUGGGAGGCUGAGGCAGGAGAAUUGCUUGAACCUGGGAGACAGGUUGCAGUGAGCCAAGAUCGUGCCAUUGCACUUCAGCCUGGGUGACAGAGUGAGACUCUGUUUAAAAAAAAAGAAAAGAAAGGGACAUACCUUUUUUCCACCUUCCUAACUGUAAUACGGAAACGGUAUCCAGCCAUCUCAGACCAUAAGGACAAGAGCGACACGUGGGAUGGCAGAGCAACAAGAUAGGAGCCUGGGUCUCUCAUCAAUUUCAGGGAGCACAGCCAUCAUACCAGCCCACUUCCAUAUUGCUAUCUAAGAAAGAAACUUCUAUCUUAUUUAAGCCACCAUUAUUUUGGGUCUCUGUCACAUGCAACAGAAUUUACAGCCUAAGACAGGGGUCUGCAAACUAUGGCCAACUCUAGCCUGCUGCCUGGUUUUGCAAAUAAAAUUUUAUUUGAACAGUU